GAAACGAAAACGAAGUGUCUGUAGAUGGCGCUGAAACUAUUGGAGGGAAAAGUUACCGUAAAAGCGGACUUUUCGACCGUCUUCCUCGAUUUCUAUCCUGCCGGAACCAUUGUUGUGUAUAUGUUUGCCCGCGCAAACAUCGUAAGCCGCUAAAAUCACGUUAAUUACGUAAAUAUCAGUAAUUCCUGGCUAUCUCGGUAAGUAACGAUAGCAUCAAAGAAGGAAAAAGCUUCGAAGGUGUUUGUCAUUGCUGCUGAGAUACGUCGUGUGCCGAAACGUAUCUGUAGCCGGAUUGAUUAAAAUGGUUGAGUCGGAUCAUAGCGAUGGGAUGGAAGGAGUCUCGAGCAAGCGGCCCCAUGAAUCCUUUUCAGAUGAUGAGAAACUCCAAUUACCGAAGAAAAGGGCACGCAAUUAUUCGGAUGACGUCGAACUGGUACAUGGAAAUAAAGAUGGAAAGUCUGCUUUGGAAGCGAACGGCAAUGCAAACAGCAGCGACGAUCACAUGAACGAUGAUGAAAAAGAGCAGAAUGGAAAGGAAAGCUCGGACAAACCGGAUCAAAGUUCCAAAGUAGAGGAUUUGAGAAGCACCGAUACCGAGGAAUCGCAGGCUUCUAAGUCGGAGGUAGGAGAGAGCGAAGAUUCGCAAGAAGCUCCACCAAAAACUGCAUCGGGAGCUGAUGAUGGAUAUGAAACCCAAAAGAACGAAGCCAACAAGGAAAAGGAAGAUCAGAAGGAUGUUACCAGCUCCGAGAAAAUCGCUUCAGAGUCAAGGAAAGAGAGUGCUGACAAAUCAGAUAACGAAGUGAAGGAAGAUUCAAAACACGAGGGAAAACGCAGUAAAGUACGCAAGGACGAUUCAGAAGUAGUAGAUGGAUUGGAACUUUCCGUAGAGUGUGCGAGCGACAAGGAAGCAUCGUCCUCUGAGAGCGAUAAGGAGAAGGAAUUGAAGCCAAGACCUAAAACGAUAAUUGUCAAAGCACAGCCAAACGACUCCGAGCUGGAAGUCAGUGCAUCCGAAGCAGAAAAGUCAGAGUCCGAGGAAAAAGCUGUUACAGAAGAGGAAAGCAAAAAUGUUAAACGUAGGAGCACACGAAAGUCUCCGAGUAAGUCGAAACGCUCUAAAUCCGAGGACAGUCUGGAUGACAAAUCAGAGGACGAGGAUUAUAGCCCUCGUAUAAAAAAGAAAGUUAAGAAAACUCCAGCAGCUAAAAAAGCGAACACAGCAAAGGCACCAGAAAAGAAAAGAGGAAGGAAACCAGGCCCAAAAAAGACUACUAAAAAUGUGGACAAGGAAAAGUCUGAAAGCGAUGAUGAAGUGAGCUUGGCAGAUAGAACUAAGAAGGUAACACCCAGUAAAGAGGAGGAAGAGAAAAAAGAAUCUAAGGAAUCCAAGGAAUCAAAGGAAUUAAAGGAAUCAAAGGAAUCAAAGGAAUCAAAGGAAUCAAAGGAAUCUAAGAGUGGUUCCGAGGACACUGACGAGGAAGGUAAUAGCGAUGAGGAGCACAGUACUAGAAAUGGGAAGAAAAGUUCACGGGUAAAAGGUAGCAGCGCCAAAGUACAAAUGUUGCGAAAGUAUUUAAGGGCUGCUGGUGUAUCUCACAUGAGCUACCAAACUCAAUUCUCAGCAUGUAAAACGGACAUUAAACGUGUGGCUCUCCUUAAGGAGCUGCUGGAGAAAAAUGGGGUCGUCGGUAGACCAACCCUGGAAAAAUGCAAAAAAGCAAAGGAGGCUAAUGCAAGGUUGAAGGAAGUCGCCGAACUCGAUACCAAGAAUAUUAUAUCCGAAGGUCGCGUGACGCGAGCUCGUCGAGGCAUGGAGUCUGCUAAAAAGACAACACUCAAUGAGAGCCCACCUCGAGAAACGCGCAACUCCUACAGCCGAGUUCAAAAAAUUAUUGACAGCGAUUCGGAAUAAGACCACAGAGUGAUGGAGACCCAGCACAAACUUCAAACCUUCAAAGAAAUUCUAUAUCCUUUUGACAAGGAUCGCUUAAUGCAACUAGUGUUUGAAUUGGUUACACGUUGUGUAACACUGAUUGAUUUGAUCAAGACACUUUAUUUAAGUUUCUGUUUUAAUGUUAUGCUUUAUACGAUUUUACAUGAUUUUCAUAUUGACCGCCUAAGAAGGACCGUCUAGAAAUGUCUGGGACUCUGCUAUAUGUAUAGAACCUCAGUGGUGUUCGGUGCUUCUAUCUUUAGUCUUUUACUUUACGUUGAAACAAAAGCAACAUUGAUAUUACGCAAUAUUUGUAUCGAUACGUAUCUAAGAAUGAGAAUUGUUAUAUAAACAACUUACGAGAGAGACUAGGCUUACUAUUAUCGUACAUGUCACCAUUUACUACAAAAUAAAGUCGUUUACACGUAAUAGUAUGUAUAGUUGUACCGAGCAUGAAGACAUGAAAGUACAAUAUUUUGUUAAAAAAAAGUA